AUGCAUGAGGUUGCUGGUAACCACUCGGGUGCUGUAGCUGGCCUUCAUGAUGUUACUACAAACCCCAUCGCAGAUGCUGACAGGGAUUAUCAAGAUGAUUUAAAUGAUGCAGCAGCAGGCGCGGAUAUACAAGUGACGAACGAAGGACGGGGAGCAGCAGGAGUAGCAGCGAAAUCAGCAGCAGCAGCAGCAGCAGCAGCAGUGACAGUGGCUGCACCAGUGGGUACUGCUGUUGGGUUUGGAAAGGUUGGGUCUAGUGCGGUUGGGUCUGGUGAAGCUGGGUCCAGCAGGGUGGGAGGAAGAUGGACGGACUGUUACUGCCAGGAGUGUAAUGAUGCUUAUGAAAGGCAGGCGUUACAUGUGAGUGUGGUGGGAGGGAGUGCGGUUGGAGGCGGUGUUUUAGAAGAGAGUGUGAUUGGAGUAAAUGCUAGAGGCAAAGACAAGCCCACACUUCCCACCAACAGCAGCGGCAACCCACUUACGCAAGUCAAUGCUGGAUGCACGGAGAAACCCACCGUUUUGAACAGCAGCAGCAGCGGCAACAGCAGCAGCAGCAGCCCAUAUAUGCAAGUCAAUGCGGAAUGCAGAGAGAAGCCCACAGUUCAAGUCAGUGCCAUGCACAAAGAGAAACCCACAGUGCUCCUGCUGCAUGGCUUCGGUGCUGCUUCCUCCUUUUGGACCGACACCGUCGUGCCGUUUCUUCCCAGAAGCUUCCUGGACGGCAGGAGGGUGGUGGCGGUGGACCUCCUGGGGUGGGGCAAGAGCCCCAAGCCGAGGGACUGUGACUAUAGCGUUGAAGAGCAUGUCAGGGUGCCUUGUACCUGCACCCUUAUGUUCCUCCAACCCUCCCUCUCCAUGCUUCCCCUCUCCUCCCUCCUUGUCCCCACGAGCAGCUGGAUAGAGCACACGUUUGAUAGAGCGCACAUGCUCGCCCCGCUCAACAUCUGCACCUUCCACAUCGUGGGCCACAGCAUGGGCUGCCUGAUACCUGCCGCAUGCACACUCUUACCUCCAACCCUCCCCCUCACCUUGCACCCCAAGCAGUUGGAUAGAGCGCACGUACUUGAGACACACACACACAGCAUGGGGUGUCUCAUGGCUGCGGUUCUGGCUGCUCGCAACCGGGACAGAGUGGUGUCUGUCUGCCUCUACUCGCCUGCCUCACACCAGCAGAGGAGUUCUACCGCCUCGUCACCCCGCGCUGCCUCUCCCCCGUACUCCUCCUGGGCAUCAGCGUCAUGUCAUGGUUCGAGCACGUGGGCCGAGUCAUCUGCGCCUUUUGAGUCAACUCAAAUGUCUUCUCCUCCGCACUGCUCCUCGGCAUCAGCGUCAUGUCGUGGUUCGAGCACGUGGGAGGGAGGAGAAGGGGGGUUGACGUGCAAGCCGCUUCCCACAGCGGCCUCUUCAGAAAACCUCUUUGCCUCAAUCUCGCUCUCUCCCUUCCCUUUCGCCUUCUCUUCCUUUCCUCUAUGCCCUUGUCCCCAGCCUUUCAUCCCACCCCGCCCAGGCCUGACGCCAGCAGAGGAAUUUUACCGCCUGGUCACCCCGCGCUGCCUCUCCUCCGCUCUGCUCCUCGGCAUCAGCGUCAUGUCGUGGUUCGAGCACGUGGGCCGAGUCAUCUGUGCGUUCCUAGUGCAAUUCCAUUGGCUCUCGGACCCGCUUGCUGCGCUGCUUCUGCCCCGGAUAGGCGCCAAGUGA